CUGUGCAGUGUUUGAUUUGGUUAAGUUACACUCACGACCCUGUAAGGAGAAAACAUAUAAUUCUAGUAAUUUUAUUGGGCUUAGGUUUCAGGCAAAUGGAAAUAAAAUUGCCUCUAAAAAGACAGACACGCUGAAUUGAAUAAAACAAUAAUAAUAAAAAGCCUCCCUUGCUUUGAGAUAAGUGGUAAGUCAUUUUAUGAAGUACUAGAGAAAGGGGGGGGGGAACCCACAAAAAACAAAACGGAGGAACCCGGGAGAAAAGAGGGGAAAAGAAAAUCAAGAAAAGCUCCUCCACCGCCCUUGCCUUUAUUUCUGCUUUACCUUUUCCAAAGAGCUUAAUUUGGUGUCAUAAAGUGAAGCGUAAAGCGCGAGUGGUGAGAUCGUCCUGUCCUGCGCUUGACAGUACAGGUGGACCAAAGGGGCUCCCGGCCAAAUACUUCUGGUUGGAGGGAGGGGAGGGAGUGCUCGCUCAAAACCACUCCUGGAAUGGCUUAACUCGCCCAGCACGAAUCAAUGACAACCUCCCGUCGGCUGCAGCAGGCUCCCCCGAGCAGCGCGGCCGCGUGGAUUCCCAGCCUGGGACCCUGGCGGCGCUCAGGACACUGCCCGGGCACCAGCGCGGCGUCCCCCGGGCGGCCAGGGCUCUGGCUGAGAACAUGGCCAAUGACAUUGAUGAGCUCAUUGGCAUUCCCUUCCCCAACCACAGCAGUGAGGUCCUGUGCAGCCUCAAUGAGCAGCGGCACGAUGGCCUGCUGUGUGACGUGCUCCUGGUGGUGCAGGAGCAGGAGUAUCGGACCCACCGCUCUGUCCUGGCUGCCUGCAGCAAGUACUUCAAGAAGCUCUUCACAGCUGGCACCCUAGCCAGCCAGCCCUACGUCUACGAGAUCGACUUUGUCCAGCCUGAGGCUCUGGCCGCUAUCCUGGAGUUCGCCUACACCUCCACACUCACCAUCACUGCCGGCAACGUCAAGCACAUCCUCAAUGCAGCCAGGAUGCUGGAGAUCCAGUGCAUUGUGAACGUGUGCCUGGAGAUCAUGGAGCCUGGGGGGGAUGGAGGGGAGGAGGACGACAAGGAGGAUGACGAUGAUGACGAAGAUGAUGAUGAUGAGGAGGAUGAAGAAGAGGAGGAGGAGGAGGAAGAGGAGGAUGACGAUGAUGACACGGAGGACUUUGCUGACCAAGAAAACUUGCCUGACCCCCAGGACAUCAGCUGCCACCAAAGCCCUUCCAAGACGGACCAUCUCACAGAGAAGGCCUAUUCAGACACCCCCAGGGACUUCCCUGACUCCUUUCAGGCUGGCAGUCCUGGCCAUCUGGGGGUGAUCCGGGACUUUUCCAUCGAAUCUCUGCUGAGGGAGAACCUGUACCCCAAGGCCAACAUCCCCGACAGGAGACCCUCCUUGUCUCCAUUCGCCCCGGACUUCUUCCCACACCUCUGGCCAGGGGACUUUGGUGCCUUUGCCCAGCUGCCUGAGCAGCCCAUGGACAGUGGGCCACUGGAUCUGGUCAUCAAGAAUCGGAAGAUCAAGGAGGAGGAGAAGGACGAGCUGCCCCCACCCCCACCGCCACCCUUCCCUAAUGACUUCUUCAAGGACAUGUUCCCUGACCUGCCGGGGGGCCCUCUGGGACCCAUCAAGGCGGAGAACGACUACGGUGCCUAUCUCAACUUCCUGAGUGCCACCCACCUGGGAGGCCUCUUCCCACCCUGGCCCCUGGUGGAAGAGCGCAAGCUGAAGCCCAAGGCCUCUCAGCAGUGCCCCAUCUGCCACAAAGUCAUCAUGGGGGCCGGGAAGCUGCCGCGGCACAUGAGGACCCAUACCGGGGAGAAGCCAUACAUGUGCACCAUCUGCGAGGUCCGCUUCACCAGGCAGGACAAGCUGAAAAUCCACAUGCGGAAGCACACGGGGGAGCGGCCCUACCUGUGCAUCCACUGCAACGCCAAGUUUGUGCACAACUACGACCUCAAGAACCACAUGCGCAUCCACACGGGAGUGCGGCCCUACCAGUGCGAGUUCUGCUACAAGAGCUUCACGCGCUCCGACCACCUGCACCGCCACAUCAAGCGCCAGAGCUGCCGCAUGGCGCGGCCCCGACGCGGCCGCAAGCCCGCUGCGUGGAGGGCCGCCAGCCUGCUCUUCGGGCCGGGUGGCCCGGCCCCCGACAAGGCGGCCUUCGUGAUGCCUCCGGCUCUGGGCGAAGUGGGCGGCCACCUGGGCGGCGCAGCCGUGUGCCUCCCGGGCCCCAGCCCCGCCAAGCACUUCCUGGCAGCGCCCAAGGGCGCCCUGAGCCUGCAGGAGCUGGAGCGGCAGUUCGAGGAGACGCAGAUGAAGCUGUUCGGGCGCGCGCAGCUGGAGGCUGAGAGGAACGCGGGGGGCCUCCUGGCCUUCGCGCUGGCCGAGAACGUGGCAGCCGCGCGGCCCUACUUCCCGCUGCCCGACCCGUGGGCCGCGGGCCUGGCCGGCCUCCCUGGGCUCGCCGGCCUCAACCACGUGGCCUCCAUGUCCGAAGCCAACAACUAGGCUGGUCACUGUCGACUCCAGCCCACCAGCCCUCCAGUCCUUCUCCCUCCAGGCCCGCUCUUCCCCACCCCAUGGAUCUGAACUUUUCAUUUUAAAAACACAAAGGGAAAAUGGAAAAAAAAUAAUAAUACUAUCAGUGAUGGCAUUUUCCCAGGCUCCUAAAGCAGCUGCCUCCUUUUGCUGUUCUAAGAUGGGCAUCUCUUCCCAAAAGACCAGGAGCCCGGGCCUCCCUCCCUGGCUGUCUCUCUGGCUCUCAUGUAGAAAUUUGCACCGGCCCAAGCCACACAGAACUGGAUGCCCAGGGGCACUUAGGAGCUGGGUGGGUUACGAGGGGUCAGGCGGUGGUUGGCCUGGGGCCCAGCCCGAUGGAGCAGGAGGAGGUAGGGGCUGGGCAUGCACCUUGGUUAAGCCCCACCCCCUGUGGCAGAGUUUCUGCCAACACUCCUCUGAGGGCUCGUUUUCCAGUCUCCAGUGGCCCCGGGGUCUUUUUGAGAACUACCCACCUGCCACAUAGAAUGAAAUGCUCUGUUGGCAGGGAGGCCCCCUGGAACCAGUCAGGAAUCAGGCUCUGGGAGGCCAGGGCCGUUUUUGCCCUUACCUGUCCUGUGACCUUGACAGGUCAGCCCUCUGUAGCUCAGUGUCACCCGGCUAUAGAAGGGGCUGGUAACUUAGGUUUCCUCCCUCCACCUCUAAACACAUACACACCUAUCCCCCCAGAGAAUCCCAGAGAAGGUAGGAGCUUUGUACUCCCCAAGUCCAUGGGGAAACAGUUUAUCUUUCUGGACUUAGUUUUAUUACAUCCAGCUCUAUAUUAGCAUAUUAGCAUAGGUGAGAAAUAUGGCCAGACUAGACAGAGAUCGGGGGUCAGGGGAGCUUCCGAACUUCACCAAAGCCCACAGGCAGGUCUGCGAACUCCGAAUGCUACCUUACCUUCCCUGCAAGAGUUCGUGUCUGGACCCCUGGUGGCACUAUUUAGUGUUUACCCCAUCUCCAAUGCCCCUUCCAAGGCUGUGCAGUGUCUUGGGGCUCUCAGGGCCAACAUCGAAGAGAUGGGGGCCACCUCUUAACACCUGGCAACUGUUUCCCCUCACCCUGAUUCCUGAAAACAGACAAAAUACAUACCUGGUUUUCUAGGGUUUAUCUGUUUGCUUUUUGAGUUGUGGGUUCCUCAGGGCCUUGGCAUUGCUAACGAUGGUCCCGUUUGCUGUGUGAGAACCCCCCUCAACCCCUUCCUCCUCCCUCUGGGGGUGAAGUGGGAGUAUUUGGCUCCCUUUUUUAACAAAAGGGCUCAGUGCAGAGAAGUGGAGGCCUCUGAGGUUUGAAGGGCUCUGUGAGUUAGAGCUGUCACAUGUUCUCCUGGUUCUUGAGUUUUCAGCAGGUCCUGAAAAGGAAGGCUCUGCUGGCCCCGUGCCUUCCUGAGCUUCUCUCCCCUUCCCUCCCCUCUCUUUUCUUGCCGAGUUUGCUUUGGUUUCUUAGCAGCCCAGAGAGGAGGAGGGCUCAUCCCCAGGGAGGGCCCAGGGCUGGAGUCCCCAAUCUCUGUGCUGUGGGCACAAAGAGACUUCAGCUCUUCCCGUCGCCUUGGCUUUUUCCUGAGCAAACACACAACAAACAAAAAGGCCAGAGAAGAGCACAGACUCUGUCCCUCUCACAGCUCUCCGGAAGAGACCCCCUGAUUCUUCGCACCACCGGAUGCCACUCCAGCCAGCAGGAUUGCUACACACGCCCUCUGUUCUCAGAAGUCAUCUGCCUGGGCAGCCACCUCUCAGAUUCCUGUAGCCGCCUCUCAGAUUCCUGUCUUCGUUUCAGACACUUGCCCCAGAAGCAUGCCCAUGUCCACCAGCCAAUGUGCCCGUGUCCCCCCCAUCAGCCAAGCGAUUGGGGCCGAACCAGACUUUAAAAGAGAGGAAAAAAAAAAAAAAAGGAAACAUGAAUAAAUUGGAAUCCAGUGGUGUUGGGGCUUUUGUUUUUAUUUUGUAAAGGUGAUGACUUCUUAUAAACUCAAUUUUUCAGAUGACUGGUUAAUUCUUUCUGUUUUUUCUUGGCUGCAGUUUGGAGUUGUACAUUGUAAAAUAUCCAAAGAUGUUGAGUACUGUAUGAUCAAGAACUUGAAGCAACUGGGUUGUCGGGGGAGGGGUGCUUGUGUUUUUGUUUUGCUUCAAUUUUUUUUUUUUUUUUUUUUUUUUUUGAUGUUUCGAUUUCCCUGUCUGUCUGUGGGAGAACUUUGGAAUUUUUUCUAUUUAUAACUCUUUUUUUAUGUGAUUGCUCUAUGUAAAAUGACACUCAGCAAAGUUUGCCUUAGUGAUUCAAGGGACAAUCUUCCAUAACUUCGGUCGCACGCCACAUCCCGCCGAGAAAAACUCGCAGCUAAUUUUCUGGCCUAUUUAUUAAACAGUAUUAAUUGACUUGAUUAAAUUAUAUUGAGAGUCGCACUUCUGUGAGAUGUGACUUCUGAAAGUUCACAGGACAGCAACAAGCCAGUCUUAAGGUUUUUGACUGUUGGGUGUCAUAAACUUAAAAUAAUGUCAGAGACACCUUUACAAAGAAAAACAAAACCUUUGACCCUUAUUUAAUAUUUUAAAGGACAGUGUUUUGAGUAAAAGUGAGCUAUGCUUGCUUAAUUUGCCUGGUAAGAUUGAAUCCCCCUUCCAAUUGCCGUUUCAGUUAUCCAGGGGUGCUUCAUGGUCGGGAGGGCAGAACUCAAUUCUCAGUAGUCUCUUACAUUCCAGCUUUGUAAGGCAUGGUUGGAUCUUAAGCUUUGCGGCAUCGGUGGGCCUGAGUGUGAGGUGUGCGUGUAUGUGCGUGUGUUCACACACGUGUGCAGCUGCACCCCAGGGUGUGUGAGCAAGGGAAGUCCUACCGGUUCCCCAGCCUGACAUCCGGAGUGGGCUCCGGCUGUCCCUACUGCUCUCUGGGCCUUCUUCCUCUCACUUCCUGGCGCUGGCGUUGGGCUUCUCCUCCCUUCUUCACCUGAGCCUCUUUCCCAAAGAACAUUAGAUCCUAAAAGAACCUAAGGUAAAGGAAUAUACUUCUGUCAUUGAAUGGAGUCAGCGCUACUUACAACCCACAGCCCAGACUCUUGGUAACAUUGUUCUUCCAAUUGUAUCUCUGGAUAACCAAGGGUCAACCCGGAGCCUCUUUUCUAUUUUUGAUUCCUUUCUUGCCAUAGUAGGCAACUUCUAUGCAGCGUUUCUUGGUACAGAGAAAAGAACAGAUCUGAGUUUCCAAUCUGGACUCCUCCAAGCUGUGUGUCUUCAGUCUAAUCACCCCUCCACUCUGGUCCUCACUUCCCUCACCUCUAGUAAUAAAGGAAAUGGAGUAA